AUGAAGGCGGAGGGAUUCACUCUCGAGUGUCCGAUCUGCUUUAUGAUCUACCCCGGGAGUCUGAACACGUCGAGCUGCUGCAAGAAACCCAUUUGCUCCGAGUGCUAUCUCCAGAUUCGGCCGCCACGCAAAACGAUUUCCUGUUCAUUUUGCAACCAUGAAGGGUCCACUGUCCUGUACACGCUACUGACACCGACAGAGCUCACCUCGACUCAUUUCUUGACAAACGGAAUGUCUCCGCGUCGAAGUAGCGCCAUUGGCAUCCUUAAAGCUACAGAAACAGAGUACGCUAUGACGUCAAGUCUGCAGAGUGUGCAGUACGCGCCAGUGGAAGACCGUGAUCGGAUUCGCGAUUCGCUCUGCUUGCAGCUUAGCAUCAGCGACAAGAUUGUGAUCAACAGUCCACACCCGAAUCGUGUCGCAGCGCUGAAUGAUGCAGCGUCCCGCGUUGCGACAACACCCGCAGACGCUGCGCGGCUAGAGGAACUGAUGCUCUUGGAAGCUAUCCGGCGGUCGAUGCAAGAUGUUAGCGCCGAAAAAAACGACGAGGACGAGGGAAAUGGUAGAAUGUUCAGCUACCUAACAGCGUGA